UUAUGGAGAAAUAGGAGGGCUAUUUAUAUAGAUUCCUGAUAUACAUACCCGCGUUAUCAGUUAUUCGUCUCCUAGGGUUUGUUCAAGCAAAGAAGCGGCAGCACCAAGAAGGAACAGCGGAAGAACAGCCAUGGUUCUCAAGACGGAGCUCUGUCGCUUUAGCGGCCAGAAGAUAUAUCCUGGGAAAGGCAUCAGAUUUAUUCGUUCUGAUUCUCAGGUGUUCUUAUUUGCUAAUUCCAAAUGCAAGAGGUACUUCCACAACCGCUUGAAGCCAUCUAAACUUACCUGGACAGCCAUGUAUAGGAAGCAGCAUAAGAAGGAUAUUGCCCAAGAGGCUGUUAAGAAGAGGAGACGUACCACCAAGAAGCCUUACUCUAGGUCUAUUGUGGGUGCCACCUUGGAAGUUAUCCAGAAGAAAAGAACAGAGAAGCCAGAGGUUCGUGAUGCUGCAAGGGAAGCUGCUCUCCGUGAAAUCAAGGAGAGGAUCAAGAAGACCAAAGAUGAAAAGAAGGCCAAAAAGGCAGAAGUGUUGGCCAAGACACAGAAGGCACAAGGGAAGGUGAACAUUUCUAAGGGAGCUGCACCAAAGGGUCCAAAACUUGGUGGUGGUGGUGGGAAGCGCUGAGCCACUGGUUGGUUAAUUGUCUACUCGUUGCAACGUGGACUAAUAGAUAGGACGUGCUUUGUUUAAUUUAAAGUGUUUUUGAGGAUUGACUGGCCUUGUUUGCUGGCCAAAUCGUAUUUUUGAAUUAAUCUUUUGAAUAGUUGGUAUUUUGUUGCGAGAUUAAGAGAGCUUAUGAUAUUUCAUCGUGGUUUUGAAUUGCUCA